AUGACGUCAACCCAACCCCCCAGGAGAAGAAUCCUCGGCUUCUCAACAAAAAUGUACUUCUCCCACGCCCGCACGAAAUCCUACCUCUCCUCCAUCCUCCCCCACCUCACCGCGGAACAAAACGCCCAAUCCGUCUCCUCCCUCGACCUCUUCAUCAUCCCCGACUUCCUCUCCCUCCCCUCCGCCGUCUCCCAAACCCGCGGCUCCCCACUGCUCGUCGGCGCCCAGGACUGCCACUGGGACGACACCGGCGCCUUCACCGGCGAAAUAUCCCCCGCCGUCCUAGCCGAAGUGGGCGUCCGCAUCGUCGAACUGGGCCACGCGGAGAGGAGGCGGCUCUUCGGCGAGACGGACGAGUCUACUGCCCGCAAAGCCGCCGCCGCGGCACGGAACGGCCUGAUCCCGCUGGUCUGCGUGGGGGAGGUUUCGCGCGGGUCGGUCGACGAAGCGGCCCGGGAGGUCGCGGGACAGGUGGAGGUUGUGAUGCGGGCUGUGCCGCGGGACAAGGAGGUCGUGUUGGCGUACGAACCGGUUUGGGCUAUUGGGGCUGCGGAACCUGCGGCGGCGGACCAUGUUGUUGGUGUGGCGACGAGGUUGCGUGCUUUGAGCUGUGUUGCGGACCGGCGGGGGCCCGUGAGGAUCGUGUAUGGGGGGAGUGCUGGCCCUGGGACAUUUGCCAAAUUGAAGGAUGGGCUGGAUGGGUUGUUCCUGGGGCGGUUUGCGCAUGAUCCGGAGCAGUUCUGGAAGACGAUUCAGGAGGUGGCUACGGCGUAG